AUGUUGGAGCAGCAGAAACGGAGCGUCGUCAUGCCGUCGCGACUGACGACGCCCGCCGCGCUCUUCUCCGUCGCGCUGCUCUUCUUCUCCGCCUUCAACUACGGCUUCAGCGACCAGUCGUUUGCGUCGACGCAGGCCACCACGGCCUUUACCCGCCAGUUCGGCGAGUACAAUGCCAAGACGCACAAGUACGCGCUCACGACCGUCUACCUGAGCCUGCUCAACAGCAUCAAGGCCGGCACGCAGCUCGUCGGCGUCUUCAUCGGCAGCUGGAUCAGCAAUCGCCAUGGCCGGCGCGCGUGCAUCUGCGCCAUGAGCGUGUAUGCGCUCGGAAGCACGGCCGUCAUUGUCUCGUCCGAGGAGCGCGCGCAAAUGCUGGUCGGCAGAAGCAUACACUAUAUAUAUCUUGGAAUGCAGCUAGCUGUUAUACCAACAUUCUUGGCCGAGAUCUCUCCUGUGCAGCUGCGCGGCACCGCUGGCGCCUCAUAUUGGCUCGCCAUCAAGUUUGGCGGUCUCGUCGUCACCUCCAUUGUGCGAGGAACAUCCACGAUCAAAGGAAACGCUUCUUGGCGGAUCCCCAUCAGCCUGAUCCUCGUCAUACCCGCAAUUCUCAUUGUUCUUGUGUGGUUCAUCCCAGAGUCUCCUCGGUGGCUUCUCCUUCGCGGUAGGAGAGACGCCGCGCUGUCCUCCCUCACGCGUCUGCGCCAAUCUCGUGCCGAGCGCACCGCAAAGCUACCCCCCUCCGAGUCCGUCAUCCAAGAGCUCGACGACCUAUCCGAUGCCAUUGAGCGUCUACGUCGCGAGACAGCCCAGGAAUCGCACCCAGCAGGCUCGCGCUCCAUCGCCACCCGGUUCCGCCUGCGCCAGUUCAUGGCCAUGUUCUCGCGCAGGCACCGCCAGUGCACCGCCAUCUGCGUCGGGCUGCUCUUCUUCCAGCAGUCCACCGGCCAGUCCUUUGCCUCGCAGUACGGCACCCUCUUCGUCAAGGCCCUGCACACCAUCAAUCCGUUUAGCGUGGCGCUCGGCAUCAACGCCAUCGACAUUGGCGCCAUCCUCAUCUGCAUGGCGCUCGUCGACCGCGUCGGCCGCCGCAGCCUGCUCAUCGCCUCGGCUUUCCUGCAGACGGCCUCACUCAUGAUCAUGGGCGGCCUCGGCGUGGUGGCGCACGCGUCGGACACGGCGCAGGGCGCCGCGUCGGCAUCGUCCGGCGCCAAGGCCGGCAUCGUCGCCAUGCUCAUGCUCUACUCGUUUGGCUGGAGCUUUGGCUACGCACCCCUGGCGUACGUCGUCGCGGCCGAGCUGCCCUCGCCGUUCCUGCGCGAGUACACGCUGCGCAUGGCGUACUCGGUCAAGCUCAUCAUGGAGUUUGUGAUUUCCUUUACCUAUCCGUACCUGGAAGACGUCAGCAAGGCGAAUCUUGGCGGCCGGCUGGGGUUCAUCUACGGAUCGGUGGCGUUUUUGGCGCUCAUCUUCAGCGUGGUUGCGGUGCCGGAGACGAAGCAGAUUGAGCUGGAAGACAUGGCCAUUGUCUUUGAGAAGCACCAGCUGCGGCAUGGCAAGAUGGCCCAAGUUCGCCCCGCUACGGUCAACGACACCGCAUCCGAAGACAACAAUGAUACUACAGGCAAAGACAAGAGUGAUACUACGAUUCAAGAGAACGGCGAAACUGCGUCUCCAGCACCUACGCUGUCAAAGUAA